UGAAAGUGUCGACGAGAAGUGACUUAAUACGGAAAUCGAAAACGGAAGAAAGCAUAAAGUGAAAAAAUGUUGAAGAUUUCAAAAAGUGCUUUGAUAUGUGUUCUGAUGUGUCUCAUUACUCCUGCCCUUGGAAGUUUUCUUCAUGGUCCAUCACAUGUGGGUGUUCCCGUGGGAGUUCCAGUUCCAGUGCCAGUUCCGGUUCCAUCGCCAGUUGCUGUUCCUACUCCAGUGGCUGUUCCCACUCCUGUAGCUGUUCCCACUCCUGUGGCAGUUCCUGCUCCAGUAGCUGUUCCCGUUUCUGAUACUAUUACUGUUCCAGCGGUUUAUAAUGCUCAUCAUGGAUUUACCUAUGGAGCUUCAGAUCAUUAUGCUCCUGCUCCUCCAGCGAUCUACAAAUAUGCAACAUCAUAUGCCGCCCCUCAGCCAGUUAUCAAAUACUCCUUGGGUCCUCCAGUGACCACCACUACUACUACCUACACAGGAUUUGCUGCACCACCACCACCAGUUCAAUAUGCAGCAGCAGCACCUGUUCAGUUUGCCGCACCACCGCCACCACAGUUUAUAGCCAGAUAUGCUGCCCCGCCCACUGCUUACCAGUUUGCAGCCGCCCCCUCCUACGGAAGAUAUAAGCUCCACUUUGGAUCACCACCACCAUCUCAUCACACUCCGGCUGCUGUCUAUGGAGCUCCCCCGACGACAUUUAACACUCAGGGCUGGUAACUCAUGAAGUCAGCAGAUGGGCCCCUACUCAUUAUGCAUAACUAUGAAUGAUAAUUUCCUCAAAUUAGCAAUUAAUUAAAUCUAAAUAAUGUUGUUAUGUUUUGUAUUAACCGCGACUCGUAAAUUUAUGCGAAGAACUCGGAGCGUAGCGAUUAAAUUAUGCUUAAAUCGAAACCCAUAAAUAA